GAGCCCACACACCACUCGUCAGUCUUCCCUCCACCACCACCGCACUCAUCAGCCUACCACCCCGCACGCGGCACGGCCACGCCUCCACUACGCCUCAAUGGCUAUCCUCGUCAUCCUCCUCGUCAUCCCCUUCCUCCCGUCCACCGCUCUCGCCGCCUUCUCCCCGGCCUUCUCCUUCUUCCUCGCCUGCGGCGCCGCCUCCAACGUCUCCUUCCCGCUCGAUGCCCCAGCUCGCACCUUCACCCCGGACGCCCCGUUCCUAACCUCCUCGCGCGUCCCGGCGGCGACGAACGCAAACUCCAACCCCGCCUCCCCGCUCUACGCCGCCGCGCGCGCAUCCAGCUCGGCCUUCGCCUACGGCCUUUCCUUACCCGCCUCCGCCUCGCAGACGGCGUUCCUCGUCCUCCGCCUCCACUUCUUCCCUUUUGCCGCCUCGCAAUCCUCCGUGAGCAUCUCCUCCGCACGCUUCACGGUCUCUGUUUUUGAAGCGUACACCGUACUGUCCUCCUUCACACCGCCCAGCGCCGGCACCGUCAAGGAGUUCUUCGUCCCGGCUGGUGGCUCCGGGGAUUUCCGCAUCACGUUCACCCCGGCCACCGGCUCCGCCGCAUUCGUCAACGCCGUCGAGCUCUUCCCGGCUCCAGCGGAGCUACUGUGGAACCAAACGGUGACGCCGGUGGGCGCCACGGUGAGCGAGGGCAACAACAUAUCCUUGUGGCAGCAGCAGGCGCUGGAGACGGUGUACCGCCUCAACGUGGGCGGCCCCAAGGUGACCCAGGAGAACGACACGCUCUGGCGGACAUGGCUCCCCGACGACCCCUACCUCUACGGCCCCGCGGGGCUCUCGGUGGUGAACUCAACGCUCAGCCCAAUCUUCUACGACCCGUUGGUCGGUUACACCAGGGAGGUGGCGCCGGACAUCGUCUACAAGACGCAGCGCGCGACGAACGCGUCGGCCGAGACAACGGCCAUGACACCGGGGCCUUUCAACUUGACGUGGACCUUCCCGGCGGAACCGCGGUCCGACUACCUCGUCCGCCUCCACUUCUGCGACUACGAGCUGCUGAGCUCCGUCGUCGGAGUCGGCAUCAUGUUCGACGUCUUUAUCGCGAGAGAUGUUGGUACACAGGACCUCGCGCCCAAACAAAUUGAGACGCAGUCGAACCAGGCCUUUUACAUGGACUACGCGGCCACGGCACCGAUCGCCGGGAACCUCACCGUCAGCAUCGGCAUGUCAGCGAAGAGCAGCCCGGGUGAAGGCGGCAUUCUGAAUGGGCUGGAGAUCAUGAAGCUACGACGCACCGAUUUGAGCCCGGCCGGGUCACGUGCUGGGAUGAAGAGAAUAUUGAUGAUCACGCUCUCGGCCGUGCUCGGUGCCUCUGUUCUUGCAUGCUUGGUGCUCUGCUUGUUCGUCGUGCUGCGGAGGAGAAGGUGGGUGCCGCGACCCACGCUGGAGGAGAAGGAGAGCACGCAGAUGCCAUGGUCGCCGUACCUGCAGAACGGCUCUGGCUGGAUUGAACAAUCGAGCCGGUCCGGCGAAGGUACGACCGACGCGAUGCAGAGGGUCAGCACGCAGCUCCACAUCCCGCUGGCGGACAUCAAGGCUGCCACGGACAACUUCCACGAGCGCAACCUGAUCGGCGUCGGUGGGUUCGGCAACGUGUACCGGGGUGUGCUCCGCGACGGCACCCGCAUCGCGGUGAAGCGCGCCAUGCGCGCCUCGAAGCAGGGGCUCCCGGAGUUCCAGACGGAGAUCGUCGUGCUGUCCCGCAUCCGGCACCGGCACCUCGUGUCGCUGAUCGGCUACUGCAACGAGCAGGCGGAGAUGAUACUCGUCUACGAGUACAUGGAGAAGGGAACGCUGCGGAGCCACCUGUACGGCUCCGAGGAGCCGCCGCUAUCGUGGAAGCAGCGGCUGGAGAUUUGCAUCGGCGCGGCGCGGGGCCUGCACUACCUACACACCGGCUACUCCGAGAACAUCAUCCACCGCGACGUGAAGUCGACCAACAUCCUCCUCGGCGACGGCUUCAUCGCCAAGGUGGCCGACUUCGGGCUGUCGCGCAUAGGCCCGUCGUUCGGGGAGACGCACGUGAGCACGGCGGUGAAGGGCAGCUUCGGGUACCUGGACCCGCAGUACUUCAAGACGCAGCAGCUGACGGACAAAUCGGACGUGUACUCCUUCGGCGUCGUGCUGUUCGAGGCGCUCUGCGCGCGGCCGGUGAUCGACCAGGGCCUGGACCGCGACCAGAUCAACCUCGCUGAGUGGGCCGUGAAGUGGCAGCAGAAGGGGCAGCUCGACAAGAUAGCCGACCCGAGGAUCAUCGGGCAGGUGAACGAGAACUCGCUGCGCAAGUUCGCGGAGACCGCGGAGAAGUGCCUGGCGGACUACGGCCUGGACCGGCCGUCCAUGAGCGACGUGCUGUGGAACUUGGAGUACUGCCUGCAGCUGCAGGAGACGCACGUGAGGCGGGACGCGUUCGAGGACAGCGGCGCCGCGGCUACGCAGUUCCCCGAGGACGUGGUCGUGCCGCGGUGGAUGCCGUCGUCGACGAGCUUCUUGACGAUGGACGAGGCGGACGAUACGGCCGUGACAAGCGUGGGCGUCGCCAACAGCGAGGUGUUCUCCCAGCUGAGCAGCGGCGAGGGACGAUGAGCUGCUGGUGCACCGGUUGUGCAGUCUUAGUCGCGUGCUACUGUACUAGCGCUUAGUUAGAUAGAGAGACACUUAACCGUUCUCUGAAUCCUCUGAAGGCCAUGAAUGUUACAGCAGCCGAAAAAAUUCAGAAUCGUUGCUGAACUCGCAUGGAGUGUGAUAAUCUGCCGCGAAAUGCUGCAAACUUGCUGUCCCAGCCAGAUCUCUGUGUCAUGAAGAGUCAUGCUCGUUGCAAGUGUGCAUACGACCAAAAUAACUUGACAAAUGAUUGAUUGAUCUUUCAGAGGUGCUCUUCAGCAUGUACGACUGGCCAAUCGCAAGGGAACGAAACAUCGGCAUUUUCUUCU